CUGUCCCUGCCUCUCACUGCCAGAAGGGAAAAUACACAGCGGCCAGGAGUUUGGGAAGGAGGCUGAAGACUUAGCAGCCAGGAUACCAUCUGUGGCCCUGUUUCCUGGGCAGGGGAGGCCUGGCCCCAGGUUCCAUCAGACUUGAAAAUCAAAACCAAGAGGUGACACCAGUAACCAUUGAGGACCCCAGGCUUCCAGGCCCCCAAAAGGGCAGCUCCUGACAAGUGUUUGGAGGACCUCUAAUCACAGAGGCCCCAGUCUGCCACCCAGCAUGUCCCAGAGACAUUCUGACAGCUCAUUGGAUGAGAAACUCCUGGAAUAUCGUUUCCAUGCCGAGCUGCAACUCGACGCCAAUGGGAACCCAAUGUCGGGGCUCCCCAUGGUCCGGGGCUCCUUGAGAGCCAGGACCAAUGCUGCCUUUGAGCCAGAGCCCUCCGAACCUCCACAGGUGCCACUGGAAGGUGAGGGGUCACGGCCCAUUAUCCUCAGCACGCAGAGCCCCGCUGCACUCAAGAUGGGGACCCAGCAGCUCAUCCCUAAGAGUUUGGCCGUGGCCAGCAAGGCCAAGACCAAGUCCCCAGCCCGCCAUCAGAGCUUUGGGGCAGCCGUGCUCAGCAAGGAGGCAGCUCGGCGGGAUCCCCGGCUCUUCUCGACCCCCAGUUUCUCCUUGGAUGACAUGGAUGUGGAUGCCAGCACUGCUGGGAAUCUGAAGCGAAACAUAAGGAACCAGUCCUACAGGGCAGCCAUGAAGGGCCUGGGGCCACCCAGCAGCAAGGGGGACUCAUGCCAGCUCGGCCCCAAGCUUCAGGCCCUCGCUGAGGAGGCUGCUCAGCCUCCAGCUCGGAGCCCAGCCAAAAAUAAGAAAACUCUGGGACGGAAACGUGCACACAAGGGCUCCUUCAAAGAUGACCCCCAGUUGUACCAGGAGAUCCGAGAGCGGGGUCUAAAUACCAGUCAUGAGUCUGAUGACGACAUACUGGAUGAGCCCUCCAGCCCAGAGGCAACUCAGAGAGCAGACACCACCAUCGUGGUCAAGAGCUAUCGGCCUGCCCAGCUCACCUGGAGCCAGCUCCCAGAGGUGCUGGAGUCAGGUGUCCUGGACACACUGUCGGUGGAGGAACGCAAGAGGCAGGAGGCCAUCUUUGAGAUCCUCACAUCUGAGUUCUCCUAUCUGCACAGCCUGAGCAUCCUGGUGACCGAGUUCCUGCAGUCCAGGGAGCUACGGGCCACCAUGACACAGACAGAGCACCACCACCUCUUCUCCAACAUCUUGGACGUGCUGGCUGCCAGCCAGAAGUUCUUUGAAGCCUUGGAACAGCGGCACAAGGCGCAGGUGUGUGUGGAGGACAUCAGUGACAUCUUGGAGGAACACGCGGAGAAGCACUUCCACCCUUACGUUGCCUACUGCUCCAACGAGGUCUACCAGCAGCGCACCCUGCAGAAGCUGUCGAACAGCAACACAGCCUUCCGAGAAGCGCUCAGGGAGAUCGAGAAACGGCCUGCGUGUGGGGGCCUGCCUAUGAUCUCCUUCUUGAUCCUCCCCAUGCAGAGGGUGACCCGGCUGCCGCUCCUGACAGAUACACUCUGCCUGAAGACACAGGGCCAUCCCGAAAGGUACAAAGCUGCCAGCCGUGCCCUAAAGGCCAUCAGCAAGCUGGUGAAACAGUGCAACGAGGGGGCCCACAAAAUGGAGCGCACAGAGCAGAUGUACACACUGCACACGCAGCUGGAUUUCAGUAAGGUCAACAAGUCCCUCCCCCUCAUCUCUGCCUCACGCUGGCUGCUGAAGCGCGGGGAGCUCUUCCUCUUGGAGGAAUCCAGUAUCUUCCGGAAAAUCGCCAGCCGACCCACAUGCUACCUGUUCCUCUUCAACGACUUCCUGGUUGUCACCAAGAAGAAGAGUGAGGAGAGCUACCUGGUCCAAGACUAUGCACAGCUAGACCACGUACAGGUCAGGAAGCUGGAGGCCUCAGAGCCCUCCCUGCCAGGAGGCAGCGGCCGAAGUUCCUCCGUGCCCCACCCCUUCCAAGUGAACCUGCUACACAACAGUGAGGGCCGCCAGGAGCAGAUUCUACUGUCCUCUGACUCUGCGAGUGACCGGGCCCGGUGGAUCACAGCUCUCACCCACAAGGAGAGGGAAUGGCAGGGCAUCACCAACAAAGGAGAACUGCCCCAAGUGGAGAUCACCAAGGCAUACUUCGCCAAGCAGGCUGACGAGAUCACACUGCAGCAGGCUGACGUUGUCCUGGUCCUUCAGGAAGAGGACGUCGCGUGGCGGUGGAAGGCAAUGUACGCAGGAUGGAGCGGCUACGGGUGGAGACAGAUGUGUAGCUGGACAGUUCAGAAACCCACCAUGGUGGACGCAGCUUCAGUCCUUCAAGCAGCAAGUGGUUCUGCCUGACUCCAAGGAGUACAAGGGGUUUGUCAUGGGACACAGCUCUGUGCCUUGGGCCUUCCCACAGCCUCACGGUUGAGUGCAGAACACAGGACAUGCACUGCUUCCUCGGAAGACUCUGAGCCGAGCUAUAGGGGCCUACAUUCUGGUAGGAGCCCAGCCUGGCCUCUCGCUGGCCACCCCUUUCCUAGUUCCUGGUCACCUGAGCUGCACCCAGGCUGAGAGUAAUACAGGACUUCUGCCUUCACCGAAGACAACACAGGGCAACCUCCCAGAUGGGCCUCUCUUUCCUAAGUGGGACAGGAAGGGCCUGUGUUUGUGGAAGGUGACUUGAGGUGCCAGCAGGGCUACUGUGAUGGAGAUUUUAAAGAACAUUAAAGCAUUUCUUUAAACCUUGGGUUUACACCUGAGCUUAGAUCACA